AACAAGCAACGGUCCGAUUUUCGACCGUUGCUGGUUAACCCCCGAGGAGAAUCGCAACGGAAACCAUCUCACGGAAACCAUCUCUCUCUCUCUCUCUCUCUCUCUCUCUCUCUCUCUCUCGAUCUCGAAUACGCAGACGGUGUCGCCGUUAGGGUUUUCCAGUCAUCCCUCUGUAUCUGUCUCUCGCCGGAAUACGCAGGCGGCCGCCAGAUUUUUCCAGCCAUCCCUCUCGGCGUCGAUCUCUGACGCAUCAACCACUACAGAGGUUGUUCCGGCCAAUAUACGAGGAGUUUCCCCAUCCCUCCUCCUUUCCUAUUGCGUAUCCAGCUCUACUGCAGAAACAAGGACAUGGGCCACAACAAACUCCCGCUAAAAGUGAUCCGAUGCGACAAGCAUAGGAAAAGCGCCUUCUCAAAGCGGAUAAAGGGGUUGAAGAAGAAGGCAGCAGAGCUCGCCACCUUGUGCGGAAUUGAUGUGUGCAUGGUCUGUUGCGAUCCCAAUGGUGACCCGCUAGAGACAUGGCCAGGGAGCCGGUCUGAGGUCAUCCCCAUCAUUGAACGGUACAAGAAGAUCACAGAAACUGGAAGGAAAGGGAGCAUCACUGAUGUUUGCAGCGUGUUAGAGGAUAAAAUAAAGAAGUUGCAACGGGACCUUGAUAGGCAGCAAGCAGAGAAUAAUAAGCUCAUUCUCUACCCUUCGCGGGAUCAUCGACUGGACGGGAUGUCGGAAGGAUAUUUGAGGGAGUUAGUAGGCCAGCUUGACAUGAAAUUGGAGAAGUUGAGAGGGAGAAUUGAGAUGGUGAAAUCUAGUAGUGACAAGAGGAGGUUGAACAUGCAAACGGAACAAGAGCUUGUGAAAGAAGAUUGCAAUGCACCUCUUCCUCUUUCCUAUGUUACACCUCUGCAUCACAUCCACACGAGUUCUCAAAAUCUAGGUUUUGAUAUUGACAUGGUGCAAAAUGAACAAGAGCAUGUUGUAGAAGAAGAUUGUAAUGCACCUUCCCAUCUCUCCCAUCUUCCACCUUUUUAUCACCUCCAAACAAAUUCUCAAAAUCUUGGUUUCGAUUCUGACAUGGUGCAAAAUGAACAAGAGCAUGUUGUAGAAGAAGAUUGUAAUGAACCUCCCCAUCUCUCCUAUCUUACACGUUUUUAUCACCUCCACACAUAUUCCCAAAAUCUUGGUAUCGAUUCUGACAUGGUGGGAAUGGAACAAGAGCAUGUUGUAGUAGAAGAUUGCGGUGCACCUCUCCCUGUCUCCUAUCAUACACCUUUGUAUCACCUCCACAUGGAUUCUCAAAAUCUUGGUUUCAAUUCUGACAUGGGUUCAGAAAUGCCCAUUCUCAAUGGCAAUAUUAUGAGUGGAAAUUCAUAUGAUUGGAUGGUUGGUUUUCAAGAUUUCAAGACAAAUGAGUGUGGAACUGAGAUACUUCUCCCAACUUCAAAUGAGUUGGAGUACACAGGAUUUCCUCUAUUGGGUUUGGAGCCGCAAGAUUCAGUAGGACUUCUGAAUAUCGAGCAAAUGGAGUAUGAAAAUGAUACAAGUUUUCAAAUUCCGAACAGAGCAUUGGGAUCAUGGAAUUCUUUGGCAAGCUUUCGGUGAAGGGAGUUUUGUGUUUUUACCUAGGUGAUUUUGCAUUUUAGGAUAUGAAUUACAGAAGCAGCAAUUUUGUUUUGUGGGAACUCCAUUUUUUGGGACUUUGGUAUAUACCAGCAAACCCUUUAUAAUGUGGGGCAUUUUGUAAAUAGCAGAAAGGAUAUAGCAGAAUAGAAUUGUAAAUAGUGGAAAGGAUAUAGCACAACAGAGUUGUAAAUGUGAUACAAGUUGUUAUAAUAUGAUUAUCGCUAUACGAAGUUUGCAAUUA